AUGUUUGGCUCAUGCACAGUCCAGUUGUCCCUCCGGGCUGGUCGACAGGGAUCCCAGGUGCUUUUAAAGGACGCACGUUUUACUGUUCGAUCAACAGUUUUCAAGUCUGAAGCGCUCCAGAGAAAUGGACUCCGGUGUAUAUCUACAUCCACUGGGUUGACAUUGAACCGACUACCAACCACAGGAUUGAAGCCCCGGUGUCUCCAGACUCAGCUGAUCCCGCCAUCCUUCUUCAAUCAGCAAAGAUGGUCUGGCUCAAAAACCCCAGAAGAAUCUAAAGCCCAAACUCCGACAGAAACCGAGGAUUCCAAGAAGAAGCCUAUUCUGUCGCGGAUUCCCCUGCCAACUUCUCGUGAAAACAUUUACACCGUACCCAACAUUCUCACCUUCACCCGACUACUUGCCGCCCCCGUGGUCGGGUAUCUCCUAGUCAACAACUACCACACCGCAGCACUAUCCCUGUUCGCAUAUGCAGGAAUCACCGAUCUCGUCGAUGGAUAUAUCGCCCGGCGGUAUAACCUCCAGACGGUGGUCGGAACCAUCAUCGAUCCCAUGGCUGAUAAGCUACUGAUGACCGUCGGUGUUGCGUGUCUAGCCGUGAAUGGCGCUCUCCCUAUUUGGCUCGCCGUGAUCAUCCUCGGUCGCGACGUUGGUCUGGCAAUGUCGGCCAUCUAUUACCGAUGGAUUUCGCUGCCUGAGCCCAAGACCAUGGCUCGGUACUGGGAUUUCUCGCUUCCUUCUGCGGAGGUCAAGCCGACAGAGAUCUCGAAGAUCAACACCGCUCUGCAGCUGGUGUUGGUGGGAAGUGCCAUUGCACUCCCUGUGGUUCCCGAGGCGUUGGUUAGUGCCUGGCAUUUGAGUGAAGCCAUGACUGGAUUCCAAUACCUCGUUGCCGGCACCACUCUGUGGUCUGGUCUCAGCUAUGUCUUCUCCAACAACGCGGUGAAGAUUCUUUCCAAGGAAGAGAUCCAAAAGCGAAUUGCCCAAGCAGCUGCUAAGCGAAAGUGA